UAGUUUCAUCAAAUUAAAUGAAAAAUGUUUAUAUAUUGUAUGCAGAAUUAGUCAAGAAAUACAAGCUCUUUAGACUGUCUUUUAAAGACUCACUUCCUCACUUUCCUGAUCAUUCCCUCCCCACUUUAUUAGAAGCAGAAUUCUAUAUAAAGAGCUCAAGACAACAAAGGGCUUAAGACAACAAAUUGCCUUGGCAAACAAUUUUUGUGGGACAUCGAUCCUGGAAACUUGAUUUUCUCUCCAAGGUACACAAUUCAGUUUCAAAAUGGAGAAAGCCUGGAAAAUUGUCCUGUUUUCAUGCCUGGUGGUUUCUUUCUUGGCUUCAUCGUCUGCCCAAACCUGUCUUACCCAAACUUUUUCCAACAACAAGCGGUAUACCAACUGCAGCGAUCUUCCAGCCUUGAACUGUUUCCUCCAUUGGACAUAUAAUCAAACAGCUGAGACCGUUGAGAUUGCAUUUAGACACACCGGCACCACCUCAUCAAGAUGGUCAGCUUGGGCUAUCAAUCCUGCAGGACCAAGAAUGCAGGGUUCCCAGGCUUUGGUUGCCUUUGUCAACUCCAGUGGCGUCGCUCACGCAUUCACAACAUCAAUUGAUUCCAUGGGCCCUUCCAUGCAACAGAGUGUUUUGAGCUUUGAUGUUCCAAGCCUUUCAGCAACCUUUGAGAACAAUGAAAUGACGAUAUUUGCUGUCCUGAGAAUUUCCGGAAAUUUGUUAUCUACCAGCCAGGUGUGGCAGGAAGGUCCUGUGACUAACGACCGACUAGGUACUCAUCCUAUUGGUGGAGCCAACCUUCAGUCCACUGGAAGUGUCAAUUUCCUCACAGGACAAACUGGAGGGAGUUCAUCUGGUUCAAGAACUAGAAGAAGAAAUGUUCAUGGGGUAUUGAACGCCGUCAGCUGGGGAAUCUUGAUGCCGUUGGGAGCCAUAACGGCUAGGUACAUGAAGGUGUUCAAAUCAGCAGACCCGGCAUGGUUUUAUCUCCAUGUUGCUUGCCAAUCUUCGGCCUAUAUUGUUGGUGUUGCAGGAUGGGCAACUGGUAUUAAGCUCGGCAGCGAUUCUCCUGGAGUCACACAGAAUACCCACAGGAACAUUGGCAUUGUCCUCUUCUGCCUCGGAACUCUUCAGGUCUUUGCUUUGCUUCUGAGGCCAAAGAAGGAUCACAAAUACAGAUUCUAUUGGAACAUCUACCACCAUUCCAUUGGUUACACUGUCAUCAUCCUCAGCAUCAUCAACAUUUUCGAGGGCUUCGACAUCCUUCAACCUGAUGACAAAUGGGAAAGAAUUUACAUUGGCAUUCUCAUAUUUUUAGGAAUUGUCGCAACUUUAUUGGAAGCAUUCACUUGGUACAUAGUUCUCAGGAGGAGGAAGACAGGAUCUUCUGAUAAGCAUUCUCACACCAUGAAUGGAGCCACUGGAUUGAAUGGAUAUGGUGCCACGGGACAGGGCGUGUAAUAACUUUUUUUGGUUAGAAUAAAACUCUAGGCCUUUUUUUCCCCUUUUGGUGUUUGUUCUUAGGUGCUACUAAUACCAUCGACAUUGUUUGUUUUGGUCGGACUAUUACACCAUGAGCUUAGGGUGUUUUGGAUGACCCCCAUUUUUUAUUACAGCUUAUUGUUUUUCAUUUUGUUGUGUGAUCUCUGAGUUAUACACCAUAGUUUUGGUUUUGUAUAUAUGAACUCAUAUAUUUUUUUUCCCGUCUUUGACUCCAUAUUUUUCUUUCAAUUCAGUAAUUAUUGUUCUUUUAACUCUGCUGCGGAAAUUGAGCAGCAAAAAUUGAAGAAUGACCAAUUCCAUUGGUACUUUGACAAAGAGGGAAGUACGGACCAUUAAAGUAAAUGUUGCUUUGCUUAAGUCCAGCAACAUCCACUUUCCAACCUCUUUCUUAAGUCAAAAGUAUGGGUGGCUCCUGAAACACUAUUAAAUUUAAGCACAAACAACUUUUAAAUGUUUUGGCAAGGCUAAAUUUGAUUUAGCCUUCUGCAUUUGGUCUUGA